AUGCACGGCGCGCCGCAGCCGCUGUCCGCGCUCUGGCCGUUCAUCAUAAUCUCCAUCACCUACCUCCUCUUCACCGUGACCGACGGCGCCGUGCGAAUGCUCGUCCUCCUCCACGCGUACACGAAAGGUUUCUCCGCGAUGGAGGUCGCGAUCAUGUUCUCGCUGUACGAGCUCAUGGGCGCGGGGACGAACCUCGCCGCGGGCGUGUGCGGCGCGCGAUGGGGGAUCCGCGCGACGCUGCUGAGCGGACUGACGCUUCAGGCGCGUUCGUUCGCAUUCACACUGAUCGCCGGCCUCGCGAUGCUCUACGGAUGGACGGACGACUUCAGCAAGCUCCACGCGAUCAUCUACGUCACGGCCGCGCAGGCGCUGUGCGGCGUCGCGAAGGACCUCACGAAGCUCGGGGGGAAGACGGUCACGAAGCUCGUCACCCCGAACGAGCGCCAGGGGACGCUCUUCAAACGCGUUGCCGGGCUCACGGGGUAUAAAAACUCCCUCAAGGGCGUGGGAUACUUCCUCGGCAGCGCUUUACUGACGUGGUCGUACGUCGGCGCGGUGAGCGUGAUGAUCGCGCUGAUCGUCGUCGCGCUGCCGUUCGCGUGGUUCGGUCUGACGACGAAGCUCGGACGCGUAUCGAAGAAAAACAUCACGCUGCGCGCGGUGUUCGAGCAAACCGGAAACGUCAACGUCCUGUCGCUCGCGCGGCUGUUCCUCUUCGGCUCGCGCGACUUGUGGUUCGAGGUCCCGCUGCCGUAUUACCUUCGAAGCGCGACGGGAAUGGAGUGGCCGCGCCCCGCGGUGGGCGCGAUGCUCGCCGGGUACAUCAUCCUCUACGGCCAAGUCCAAGCGUACGCGCCUCAGGCGCGUUCUAGUAUCAUCUCACACUGGUCCCCAUACGACCGCGUCGGCUCGCCGCCGAAUAAGCACGUGUGCGUCUUCUGGAACGCGGUCCUCCUCGCGUGCCCGGUGUUCAUGGGGUCCGUGUCCACGCUGUUGCUCGGCGUGGUCUCGUUCGCGAUAAUCUUCGCGAUCAAUUCGGCGGUGCACUCGUACCUCAUCGUGAAGUACAGCGACGGGAACAAGGUCGCGAUGAACGUCGGGUUUUAUUACAUGGCGAACGCGUUCGGGCGGCUGAUCGGGACGAUCGUCUCCGGCGCGCUGUACUCGUACGUCGGCGAGGAUGAAAACGACGGCUUGGCAGCGUGUUUUCUGGCGUCUUCGUUUUUUGUCGUCGUCAGCGCCGUCGUGAGCGUGCGGUUGGACGACGACGUCGGCGGGUUCGUCUGCGGGCGUCUGUGCGGGGGGGCGGAGGAGGAGGAGGAGGGGGAGGGGGAGGGGGAGGGGGAGGGGGGCGGCGGGGACGUCGCGUUCGUGUGA